AUGGAAGAUGAAUGUCAUAUGAUGGAGGCUGAAAGCUCAAAUAAUAUAUCAGCGCAAAGAAUUCAUCAUGUUACGCUGGUUGCUGACUAUAUGCACGCAGGUGUCUUUCCUAAAGCAUUAUAUAGAGUUGAAUCCUUACGUACAAUUCUUCAACAAAUUAGACAGCCAAACACUUACUCUGGUAGUUCUGUUUCUUUUUCUUGUGACUUCACAAAUUUUGGUUCGUUACGAGUGUUCGAUGCAUUGGGCACCAACAUGGGGCAGCUGUCAUCUUCAAUUGGUAAGUUAAAACAUCUGACGUACUUGAACCUUUCUAAAACUCUCAUUCGUACACUACCAAAGUCAAUUUGUAGCCUUCACAAUUUGCAGACUUUAAAUCUGAAUGGGUGUUAUAAUCUUCAGAGGCUGCCCAAGAACAUGAAAUCCCUAAGAAACCUCCGACAUCUUUAUUUUAAAGAUUGUGGAAAAAUACAGGACAUGCCUCCAAAGCUUGGGCAUUUAACUCUCCUGAGGACAUUAAGUUUAUUUAUCGUGGGUAAGAGUAGAGGUCAUCGGGUAGUUGAAUUGCAAUGCUUAGAUCUUGGAGGAGAACUGUAUAUCCGUCACCUUGAGAGAGUGAGAAACUCAACGGAUGCCAAAGAAGCCAAUUUGGUCGGAAAACAGAACCUCCGAAUCUUGAGGUUAUCAUGGGUAUAUAACAGUGAAUCAGAAUCGCAAGCAAAUGUUGAACAACUACUUGAAUCCCUGGAACCUCACCCAAAUGUUGAAGAGUUGUUCAUAGACGAUUACAGAGGUGCCCACUUCCCACCUUGGAUGGGGGAUUCAAUUUUUAAAAACAUAGUUUCUAUUGAGCUACGUAGCUGCAGAAACUGUUUAGUACUUCCAGCGUUUGGACAGUUGCCUUCCCUGCGAAAGCUUUUUAUUUUCGAAAUGGAUUAUGUGGAGUACAUUGACAAUUACUUCCCUGGCGGAAGCCCAGUUAGAGGAUUUCCGGCUUUGGAAGUACUUAUUAUUUAUGAGUUGCCGAAUUUGGUAGGGUUGUCAAGGGACGAAGGAAGAGAGCUACUCCCUUGUCUUCAAGAGAUAUACAUCCACGAUUGCCCAAAAUUGACCUUUCCGUGUCUUUCAUCACCAAAACUCUUGAAUGUCUGGAGUACCAGCAACGUGUUACUAAGUUCAAUCUCAAAUCUUAAGAAUCUGACUACCCUUUUAGUUGAUGGCGGGGACAUGAUUUCUUUUCCAGAAGAGAUGUUGCAAAACCUUGCUCUUGAAUCUCUAGAAAUUGGAAGCUUUAGCCAACUUAGAGUGCUACCUACAAACUUGGAAAGCCUUGUAUCUUUGAAGUCAUUGCGUAUCAGCCGUUGUCAUGAGAUUGAGUCUUUGCCAGAUCAUGCGCUACAGAGCCUAAAGUCUCUCCAACGUCUGACGAUUAGCCAGUGCAAUAAUUUGAGUUCUUUAUCUGAGAGUUUGGGACACCUCACUGCCUUGGAGGACUUGCGUGUUGAGGACUGUCCCAAGCUAGUGACUUUGCCAGACAGCAUUAAACAUCUUGUCUCUCUUCAAUACCUAUAUAUUUUGGAUAGUGAGUUGAAGACUUUGCCUAAAGCAUUGAAACAUGUCCCUGCACUUCAAUCUCUAUCUAUUUCUGGGUAUAAAGAGCUCACAUCACUGCCUGAAUGGUUGGGAAACCUUACGUCACUUCAAUCGUUGAGCAUUGUUGACUGUCCCAAGAUUCCAUCACUUCCACAUGGCUUUCAAAGGCUAACCAACCUCCAAACUUUGAACAUUGAUAGAUCCAGAUCCAGUCCUGAAUUGUUAAGGCGAUGUCAAAAGGAAAAGGGGGAGGAUUGGUAUAAGAUAGCACAUAUUCCAAAAAUCAAUCUAGAUCGGUUACAUGAACUUGUAAAGGAAGAGAUAGAGAAGAAGGAUUCGAGUACGGAGGAGUGGAAGAUCGUGAUGGAGAGAAGCUUCAAUCGCAUGGACAAUGAGGUGAUUGCAUGGAACGACAGCGUUCUGCGCCGAUUGUCGAUGCGAGCUCCAAACGCCGGAGUGCAACACAGUUGUAUCAACGGCGGUUGUCGCAGGCGUGACUCCCGAAAAGAUCAUCACCGCCAUCGCAUAGGAGCACCACCGUAG